AUGCCGAAUGACCUUAGUGACCAAGAAUAUGGACAUGAAGACUACACAGACGUCCCCGAGCGCCACAGACGGAUUGGCCGGCCCAUCCACAAGAACGACGAUGCCAUGCCCACGGACGUCCAGUGCUUUUGGUUCAACAAGCGCAUACGCAAGUGGAGCCACCACAGACUUCCGUUUCACCAGUCAGCUGGUCUACAGUAUCCCAAAAUACCCGGCAUGAGAUAUGCUAGUGGAUCGCAAUGGUUCGCAGUGACGCGUGGGAUGGCUUCCACGGUAGCGAGCAGCUUCUCCAAUGCCUCCACCCUGAUUGGGACCAUAUUCCGCGACCUCACAGCUGUAAAGCAGCCAGACGAGAGUUUCUUCCAGGCUGUUGUGUUGAACACGCAGUUCUGCACCAGCUAUUCGGACUUCACCCUCCAUUGGACUGACAAAGACAGCAUGCGCGAAGUCCGCAGCUUGACCAGCGAAUAUAGUAUACUGUCCCCGGGCGUUCUGGGGAACUUGAAGGAUUUCGCAAAGAUCGAAGAAGUCCGGCAACAAUCUUUGUGGGCUUUCUUUGCCAGGAAGUUUGACGACAGUCCGGAAAGCUCUCAACUGAAGGAUCGGUUGGAUGCCGAGUCCAGCCGGCAGUCCCGGCCGAAGUGGAUAAUGGCAAGCGUCCCUUCCGUCGCAAGAGUGGUAGAAGUCCUGGCCAGUUCGCUAGCGGUGGUCAAAUCUGUCAAGCGCUUGCAAAGAAACCAUGACGGCAUUUUCAAUCUACAGACUUUGCAGCUGCAGCUAGAGCCAGGACACGAGAUUCAGGUCCGCGAGAAGCUGGCUACGCCUAAAUUGCCCCAUCCGCUACUGGCACUGCGGGUUGGAUGUGAUUGGAACAAAACGGAGCUGGUUUUCGAUGGGGAUGUGUCUGCCGUCUCGGCAUCCAGUACCGGUCCCCACAGAUGUCCAAGCUUGUGGGCUGUUGCGCACUGGCGCAUGUCGAAGAAGCCGAUCUCACAGGAGGUGGUUCUCGUUUGGAUCGAUCCCCGAGGGACACCGAUGCAGCAUGCGCCGAUAUCGAUUUCGGAGCAUUCUGUGCUUCUUUGGCACCGGUACACAGCGACUCAGCCACUUCCGCAGGGACAGUGGUCUCUGGAGGUCAGAAGCAACGACCAUGUUAUCGCACGCCGGCAUUUCUUCGCCUAUGGCGAUCCUUCUGAUAUCCCAUGGCGCAGUGUAAGGGAAUACUUCGACAUUGUCACCUACUAG